GCUGAGGAAAUUGUUCAUGGAGGAAUGAUAGUGCUUAUUACACCAUUUUCAAGUUAUGUACGUCUCAUGAAAUUCUUUGGCACUAGUCUUACGGAUUUGGUGAAUGAGGGAAAGUUAGAUGAGUCUUUAGUUGACUCAUUCAAUUUGCCAAUGUAUUUUCCAUCUGUUGAAGACAUGACUAAAGUGGUGGAGAAAAAUGAUUGUUUUAGCAUUGAGAAAAUAGAGUUAACAUAUCCUCAAUCAAAGCUUGUGGAUAAGGCUGAUGCAAAGACUUUAAUGAUAAACCUGAGAGCUGUUUUAGAAGGACUUAUAAUCAAUCAUUUUGGAAGUGAAAUAGCAAAAAGGCUUGUGAAAGGACUAUACUCAAAAGUGAAGAAAUUUCAGCAUGGAUGA